CUACGCAUCUCUUCUUCAGAGGCGGAGCCAAGCCUCUACGCUGGCGACGAGACGGAGGGAGGAAUCGUCCGUGGUAGGAGGCGAGAGAGAUCCACACGAGCUCGUUGGCCCGUCCAGAAUCUUCCAGCCCCUCCCCUCUCCUCUGCUUUUGCUUUCCCGUUUGUUCUCUCUCUCUCCCCCUCUCUCUCUCUCUCUCCCUGCCGCCGACCAUAUCACCACCGCCGACUCGUCCUCAUCGGCUCAUCUUCGAGCCCUAGCCCUAACCGCCCGGAGUCCCUGCGGGGGAGCACCCCGCCGCCGCAGCAGCAACCAAAGCAGCGGACGUCUGAGAAGAAGCCUGCGGACGGGCGCGGAGGCCGCCGGAGCAGGAGCGGCAGGGGGAGUGGGAAGAGGGUCGCCGCCGCGCGGGGAUGGAUGACGUCGACAGCGUCGUCCGGAGCGCCGAAAAGGCGGGCGCCGCCCCGGGCGACGACGGCAGCACCACGCCGCUCCCCGAGACGGUUCAAAUUGGCAAUUCUCCUACCUACAUGCUUGAUAGAAAGCUUGGAAAGGGAGGCUUCGGGCAAGUACAUGUCGGUCGCCGUAUUUCCUCUCCUAGUCUUAGUGACAGGACACCAGGUGCAAAUGCUUUGGAGGUUGCAAUAAAAUUUGAACAUCGAACCAGCAAAGGUUGCAAUUACGGCGCUCCUUAUGAGUGGCAAGUUUACAACACUCUUAGUGGAAUUCAUGGUGUGCCAAGAGUACACUACAAAGGGAAGCAGGGAGAGUAUUAUAUCAUGAUUAUGGAUAUGUUGGGACCAAGCCUCUGGGAUGUUUGGAAUAAUAACUCCCACUCUAUGUCUGUUGAAAUGGUGGCUUGCAUUGCUAUAGAAGCGAUUUCGAUACUGGAGAAGAUGCAUUCGAAAGGGUAUGUCCAUGGCGAUGUAAAACCUGAAAACUUUUUGCUUGGACCUCCAGGCACCCUGGAAGAGAAGAAACUUUUUCUGGUUGACCUUGGUUUAGCUACUAGAUGGAAAGACACUGGUACAGGAGAGCAUGUUGACUAUGACCAGAGGCCCGAUGUUUUUAGGGGAACUGUUCGCUAUGCUAGUGUGCAUGCCCACUUGGGAAGAACUGGAAGCAGGAGGGAUGACCUUGAAUCCCUCGCCUACACACUUAUUUUUCUUCUGCGUGGUCGCCUUCCUUGGCAAGGAUAUCAGGGGGAGAAUAAAGGUUUCCUUGUUUGCAAGAAAAAGAUGGCAACUUCACCAGAAUCUUUGUGUUGCUUUUGCCCUCAACCUUUCCGACAAUUUAUUGAGUAUGUUGUGAACUUAAAGUUUGACGAAGAACCAAAUUAUGCAAAGUGCAUUUCUCUUUUUGAUGGCAUUGUUGGUCCAAAUCCGGACAUAAGGCCAAUCAACACUGAUGGUGCUCAGAAGCUUAUAUAUCAGGUCGGUCAGAAGAGAGGCCGCCUUAUGAUGGAGGAUGAUGAUGAUGAUGAGCAACCUAAGAAGAAGAUUAGGAUGGGCAUGCCUGCGACCCAAUGGAUUAGUGUUUACAAUGCCAGGCGGCCUAUGAAGCAGAGGUAUCACUAUAAUGUUGCAGAUUGUAGGUUAGCACAGCACAUUUCAAAAGGAAAUGAGGAUGGCUUGUUUAUAAGCUCCGUUGCCUCUUGUUCAAAUCUGUGGGCUUUGAUAAUGGAUGCUGGCACUGGCUUUACUUCUCAAGUAUAUGAACUUUCUCAAUAUUUUCUUUACAAGGUAAGCAAUUAUACUGGCUUUACUUCUCAAGUAUAUGAACUUUCUCAAUAUUUUCUUUACAAGGAAUGGAUAAUGGAGCAGUGGGAGAAAAACUACUAUAUCACUGCGCUAGCAGGUGCAAACAAUGGCAGUUCACUGGUUGUCAUGUCGAGAGGAACACAAUAUGCCCAGCAAUCCUACAAAGUAAGCGACUCAUUUCCCUUCAAGUGGAUAAACAAAAAGUGGAAGGAGGGUUUCUAUGUUACUGCUAUGGCCACUGCAGGAAGCCGGUGGGCGGUGGUCAUGUCCCGGAAUGCUGGCUUUACUGCUCAGGUUGUGGAGCUUGACUUCUUGUAUCCAAGUGAGGGUAUCCAUCGGCGUUGGGAUAAUGGAUAUCGCAUCACUGCGACAGCAGCUACAUGGGAUCAGGCGGCAUUUAUCUUGAGCAUCCCCAAAAGAAAGCCUGCUGAUGAAACACAGGAAACCCUCCGAACAUCUGCUUUCCCCAGUCAGCAUGUGAAGGAGAAAUGGGCGAAAAAUAUGUACUUAGCCUCCAUUUGCUAUGGAAGAACGGUGUCAUGACGUCCGUUCUGUUUGGCUGGUGCUCUUUGUAGAGUUUAUUUAUAUGGACUGCUGGAUUAUGAUUAGAUGGAGAAUUUUGAAGGGUGGUAACAUUUCUAAUUUUGUCACCUAUAGUUAACCAAUCUGAUAGAUGCGCAAGCCUGCUUCUUUUCCGUCGGUAGUUGCCCUAGUGUGGUUGUAAGAAAUGUAUGUUGUGCUCAGUUAUUGUACCCGUGUGUCCAUAGAUUGUUAAAAUCGAUGUGUUGUAAGUUGUAAACUUGAUUACCCAUCAAUGCAUGGUGCUCAGUGUUUGGGCUUCUCAGACCUCA